UGUAUAAAGGCAACGCAGUCCCGUUGAGCCACUUCAUUCUUGCCAUUGCACCAUUAUUGCCCCCUCCUGCAAUGCAAUGAAGCUGGUUUGUGGUACCCAAGCAGACUUAAAUAACCGAAGUGGUUGGUUUGGCUGUUGUUCACCACGCUUUAUUCUAAACCUUAACAAAAUCCAAGUAAAUCUUUCUGUUCUUCACCUUCGCAUCGGCAGUCGGCCAAAUGACGUAGCAAAGCCAGCACCACACAUCAUCAACAUCUUAUUAUCAUCACUUGGUGAAAAAGUGCAUGCAGAUCAUUGCAGUGUCAACAUUCAAAGGAGUCAGAUCUCAAGUGCAACUUUGUGCAGUUUACUCAGUUUGGGGGACACAUUUUUUCUACAUAUCUGAAUUUGCAUAUGUAAACAAAAUUUGUCAAUAACAUCGUGCAAUCUGCCGACCUAAGCGACAAUUUGUGUAUAAAAGUAUAAUUAUCAGAAGUGUAGUUCAUAUUUCCAAAUUGAAGCUAAUACACGUACACCUCAUAAAAAUUUCAACGCGACCAGAGUGAGAUCAUUAUUAAGGUGUCACAGCUAAAAUCUAUUAGUUGUGACCUUUGGCAGGAAACAAUACCAUGCAAAUGUCAUUGUAUCAAUGCCAACUGCCAUAGUGCCAUAUUUGUACCACGAGUGAGUUAAUCUCAUGCAUUUAUUUAGUGUGUGUCAGCAUACUCCGUGCUGCAACUGAGAAACAUUUGUUCUUUUAUUGUACAUCGUUUAUGUGUAAAACAGUUCAUCAGUUUAUUUGCAUAACAAAAACUUGAGUAAUUGAUUGUUGGAGCAGCUCCAUAGGACUGAGCUGCUUAAUAAGUUGUGCGUUGUUAGUGUCACGUUUGCUGCCAAUUAAGUUGAGUGAUUGAUAUUGAUACUUUCCAAGUACAUGUUGGAGCAGGUAGACAAACAGCGUCCGAAGUUGAAGGUGGAGCUGAGGUGGGAUAUUGGAUCCAUUUUGAUCGAGCAUUGGAAGACGCACAAUUAAGUAGGUCUCACGUAAUCAUCGUCGUUUACGGACAAAUCAAAAUCAAUUUUACAAAAAACAGACUCAGUUUGUGAAGUUUAAAUACAUGCAAAAUGCCGUCCCUUGAACGCCGCCCGAAUGGCUCAAAUUCUUCACAGCCCUCAUUUGACCACCGCCCAAGUCGACCAAGCAAUGGGCACAUCCACAUUGCUGACAAUGGAAAUCACACUAAUCAAAUCUCGAAGCUCCACUGCACCACGACGACGACGACGGCCACCGGACAAGUGCAUGGAGACAGGCCCAAUCAAUUCCAAUAUAAUCAAUCGUCCCACGGUCCGCUGAGUCAAUUACAUUCUCACUGGAACGGAAAUCCUCCACCAGUCGGGCAUCACGUUCCAAACCCUGCAAACAAAACCAGGCCGACUCAUCAUCUCGGCUACCAGAGCCGAUUCCAGACUAAAAUGAAGCAGCCUUCGCUCAUUACUUUGGAUCGAAUGGAUUUAUCUAACCCACUUUUUCAGUAUCCGCUCCUUUCUGGAGUGACCAUGCUUGGGAGUGGGAAAAACACAGUAAAACCACCUGACAUUGUGCUUCACGGUCCUCAAAUCGCACCUCAACACGCCUUCAUCGAACGACUCGGGGAUGAGGUAAUUCUCCAUCCGAUCAGCGAACACACCUCUGUGGACGGUCGAAAAAUACACGGCCCAACGUCGCUCGAACAAGGAAAUCUAAUUAGUAUUGGGGACUCUUAUUUCUUUCGGUAUGACGGACCUCCGCCGACCUCCCCCUCGUACGGGCCACACAACAGCAACACCACCGUCUACUUCGAGGAAUCCCCAUACGCCGUCAUAAAUCCGAGGUCGAGUGCUCAUUUUCGCCCAGCAGGAGGGGACAGUGGUAACAAAAACCCGUUUCCGAUCAUGAUGAUAGAGUCCCCUCCCCAGUCCUCCUCCGCGUCAUCCCUCACCCUCGAGUCAGAGUCCCAAGUAUGCCACCCCGACAAUGACCGAACUGACCAGAGCUUCACCAGCUACCCCAGCCCAAGGUCGUCUUCCGCAUCCACCACGACCUCCGACCCCGACCAGACAAGCUCCCUCUGCACAGAAGACUCUGGCUCCAGAAAGUACAGGGAUGGCCUCGAAAGUGAUCAAUUUAUGAAUAAAGUAGCUCGUUUCGAGUUUUUGACGCAUACUCAGCCUUCAUCGUCAUCCCCCCCAUUUCCAUUGAAUGGUGGGAGCAAUGGGAACCAUGGUGGGGACCAGCAGCGCUCUUGUGGGAAUGGUACCACCUCCAGUCAUCAUGGAAACGGUGGGUACUUGUCCAGCGAAGGGCUCUUGUACAGCAGUGGUAGUGGUGGGUAUCAUCAUCAAAAUCACUACGGAGAGAAAAAGGUACUCUCGAGACCAAAUGUGAACUUCAACCGAAGUGACCAAGGCUACGGGUACAAGGAUGAUUCAUCACUCUACUCCAACUCUUCAGUGUCUCCGCCAGACAGGGCUUCAAUUUCGAAUCAAAAUAACUCCUCCAAAUCUUAUCGACGACCUGGAGUUACAUUUUAUGAGGAUGGACGUCUGACUUCGCCUUCGCCAGCAACCUCUUCCUUCACCACCACCACUGACACCAUGGACCAUCGCGAUGAUCAUGACGAGGAGGACUCAUUAAGUUCCAUCUCCAACCACCACCAUCUCCAUCAUCACCACAAUAACAAUAAUCAUCGUCUGCCGAAGAGUCAGAAUUUGAAUCAUUUCCAUCACAAUGGGAGCAAUGGAGGUGGGGAUCGGGUGCCAAGUCGAAGUGGCAGCACCACCAGCAGCACUUCGAGCAUUAUUCCGUCUCACCAUCAAUUCAAUCUUUACAAUAACAAUCAUCAUGCGGACCAUUAUUCUCGUCCUCUCAAUGGAAACAGCAGCAGCGAGGCUGAGAUUGCCUGCGAGACGCUGCUACAAAUUAAAAGAAAGCAGGCAGAGGAGGCCAGAACAGCUACAGACAUGUCUCGAAAGCAGGACGAGCUUUGCCUGGAUGAAAUUGUGGCAAUGUGUGAAGAGUACGAAGAACAAAUUGCAAAGGAGAUUCAAGAAAAUAAGAGGAAAAACUCUUCAGCGUCGGCUUCCACUCUUUCGAGCAUCACAUCCCCUUCGCCCUCGCUGAGUUUGCAUUCGAAGACUGCGGAUUCGACGAACGAAUCUUGUGAUAGGAGUGGUGGUGGUGUGGUUGGUGGUGCUAAUUACAACAGACAAAUGCAGGUUCACAACUGGAAAAGUGGUCAAGGGAAAGAAGAGGAAACUGCACCACAGCCGAAUGCAAACCUGAAGUCGCCGACCAGUCCAACAGGUGGAUACAAUUACGGCAGAAUUAAGACGAAUGGGUCUCUACCACGAGAUCUUUCGAGGAGUAAAUCCGCCUCCAAUGUGCCAAACCGUUCCAACGUUUCAUUCGCCGACGAAGAAAUCUCGUCAAUAUUUACCUUCAACAUGUCCGAUAAUGCUAGCAAUCAGUCUUCCUCCUUGAACGGCGGCUUCCACUCCUUCUACCACGGAAUGCCGGACGACGUCUUCUCCUCUCCUCCUUCCAUGAUAACCAUGAAUAAUUCAUCCACCAGCAAAACCACCUCUUCUGCUACCAAUGGCCACGUCAAAUGCCACACAAAUCCAGGUCUGAGCUUCCGAAAUGGGUCCAGUCCUUACGAAAAUGUAAUGAUGACCAGUGGUGAAAAUUUCAACUACCCUCCGCUUCAAGUCCAAACUCCUCCGCGUCUCGGAAUUAGGGCAACGGCAGGAGUGAGCUUAAGUUGCAGAACAAUGACUAAUAAUGGUUGCCCUGCCACGACGAAUAAUGGACUUGUGGACAUCCAAAACCAACAACAGCAACGAGGACAAAGCAUGGAACCGAGAAAUAUUGGGGACAACGGAAUUAUGCCCAAGUCACCACCUCCUCCUCAACAACAGCAACACAAUCUCUCUCCCCGAGUUCCACUAAAUUGCACCACCUCCAGUUCAUACAGUAGUUCGAGUCCCGAUAACCAUAAUCAUAAUCACAAUGGCAGUUUGCCGGAAAAAGUGGAGCACAUAAUUCCCAUCUCCGUCACACCAACCCCACCGAAAUCUAAGUUGUCCGUGUCCUUUGCAAAUAGCGUCAAGGAAUUUGGGGAGGAGGACGACAGCAGCAGCAACCGGGACGGUGAAAGCGAGAACGGUGGCAAACAGGGCACAAUAAUCAUGCCAAGUCCUAGUGGAAACGGUGCAAUCAGUGAAAGUUAUAGUAAUGCAAAUUCCAGUAACAUAAUUUCCAACAAAGAUUACAAUCGUUCUGUCGUUAAAACAAUAGCAACCGAGGUUCAGGUGCAUGUUGUAGAAUCUCAGAGUGCGAGUGGUAAUAGUAACGACACUAACGAGGUGGAUGGGAUAAGUGCAAAUAAUAAAAGUGGGUCCAUCGGCAAUGUGAGUAACGGGUGUUCGUCAGGAGCGUCUCAUUACGCGGACGCAGAGAAUAUAAAUCAACCGAUUCAAUCGUCUCCUCCUGCGAUCUGUAUUUCCAAGUGUGCCGAUGACGUUAAAGCUCCUCAAAGAACAUGGGAUUCUGUAAACAUUGGGAGCCAAUGUUCAUCAUCAUCAGCAUCAUCACAUUCAACAAAUGUCAGUCAAAGUUUGAGUCAGAAAGAGGUCACAGUUGCAGAGUCCACGGAGCUUAAUAACGCGAAAACCACAGUAGAUGAAGCUAAUCUUACUCAGGAGACGAGUCAUUCCUUCCCCGUCGACCGAAUCACAGUGCUAAAGAAAGAUAUCAGGGACGUGGAAGAACAAGAAAUGGAGGCCAUUCGAGAGAUGGAGAUUGAAAAAGCAUUGCUUAUCGGUGAAGAAAAAUCUCUUGAGAGUCAGUUGGCCUUAGACACUGAAGAAUUGGUGGAAUUAAAAGACAGAUUGUGUCAAAUUGAUGAAAGUAGUCGACGAUGGAAGGUUGAUGGGUUGGAACGCAUUUCUGAGCUUAAAGUUAAAUUGGCGUGUUCAGAGAAAGAAUUGCAAAGAUUGGAAAGAAUGCACGAAGAGUUUUGCGGAAGUACGGACGAAGAAACUGUUCUCCUGGAAAGAUUAAAAUUUGCACAUGAGCUUGUUGAAUCAGAUAGAAAGGCAUUCGAGGACUCUGAGUUUUUCCAAAUGGAAGAGGAAAUCAAUCGGGAGACCCAAAGAGACGAAUUGUCCAAGUUGGUAUCUGAAAAAGGGAGACGACUUUUAGCGAGACAAUUGGCAAUUGAAAAGGUGCGCAGUCAGAAUAAAAUUUCUUUUGGAAAGAACACAAAAGAAAUUCAAAGUCUAGAAAAGAAGAGACAAGAGCUUCUAACAGAACUAAGAAAGACUCGCGAAUCGUCCAAACUCUCCGUGGAUGCUCUAAGCGUUCCUGGUAGUGCUGAGAACGUGUCGGAUUAUGACGAUACUUCCAACUCGGACCUCGAAGAGAAACUUCGAAAUAUGUUACUCCUCUCGUCAUCCACCGAUGACCUGAUGCACAUUGAGAGAAUCAAGUCCAGAUCUCCAAUCGACCCCAACAUGGGAGGUGCUGUGAUGGGGGCCAAGACUUGUGAAACAUUGCGAGAAAUUGAACGGAAUCGAGAAUAUCAUCUGAACGAGCAGGGCGUGCAGAUGCUGGAGGAGGAACGAGCCCGGGUGAGAGAACUGCAAGUUCGGGUGCGAGAGGCCGUUCGGGAGGAAUGGGAGGAGAGGAAGAGUCGGAACAAUCAGUGCCACUCUCUGAAUAGCGUGGGCAGUGAGGAUUCUGGACACACGGCGUCGGACACUCCAACUGACAGCGGAAGCGGCGAUGAUACGACGGACAAAAGCGCAGCCCCCUCAAUCUCCACGACGGAUGCGAGUCUGACAGAAAAUGGCCAAAACUCAUUCGAACUAUGUCAACAGAUGCGGCAGAAACAAAGAGAAAUGUCACAAUCCUUUGAAGAAACUCGGCCAUUGUCUUCAGAAGCGUCAGAAAUUGGAUUCGAUGAAAAUGGAUCCAUGGCUGUCAACCGAAGAGACAAAAGCCGGGUGCAAAUCCAGCAAAAUCGACCAUUAACGCGCUACUUGCCAGUUCGAGGGGACGAGGAUGAGUUUGACCUGAAGGCACAUAUUGAGUCAUCUGGACAUCAGUUGGAGCUCUGUCCCCACAUCACCGUAACCCGAACAUCCGCCCGAGGCUAUCUCUCAAAACUGGGAAGUCGAUUUCACAACUGGAACAAGAGAUGGUUUGUCUUUGACCGAGAAAAGCGAACCCUCGUCUACUUCUCUGACAAGAAUGAGAAAAAGUCCAAAUCAAGAGGAGGCGUGCACUUUGAGGCAAUCGAGGAAGUGUAUCUGGACCACGUGCAAUCUGUGAAGUCACCAAACCCGAAAUUAACUUUUUGCGUCAAGACGUUCAACCGUGUGUUUUAUCUCCUUGCUCCAUCUGCAGAAGCGAGUCGGAUUUGGAUCGACAUCAUUUUCACAGGGGCUGAAGGCUAUAAAGAAUUCAAAUGCUCCUCUUAAACCCUCAUUUAUUGACACAGCCCUCCUCGACCCGUAUCUCGGCCUCCUCUCCCAAUUGAAAGUGAAAGCCCGUCUCCUCCUCCGUCUCAUAUCGUCCGAUGGGUGGAGGGGUGGGGCAAAGUGAAGACGCAGAGUGAUGUGACACUACUACUUUCAUCGUAUUCAUUAUAUCGUGAGGCGUGUGAGAGCCGUAGAUUAUAUUCAAAACUUUAGCAAAUAAAGGUUUCUCAUCCUCCGUGUGGUUGGUGUGGAUGGUGAAAGUCCGCGUGGCUGGAACAACUCCUUUUAUCCACUUCAUUGAUCUGUAUCAGCAGAUGGAUGAACGUAGGACGUAUUUCUAAGGAAUAAGAAAAUUUCCAAGAUUUGGACCACGAUGACGACUGGGAAGAAAGGACAUUGUGGAUGAGUAGUGACUUGGACUGAAGAUGAGUGCCUCUGGCCAACCUCAAGAAGAAAGGAACAUCGCCAUCGUCAUCAUCGUCAUUCGCCACCACUGCUACAAAAACCAUUUUUACAUUAUGCUGUCCACGUUGGAAAAAGAUUUGUUCCUCGUUCCUCCUUCAGAAUGUUGAAGUACAUAUCCUCGGAAAUUUUGGAGGAAAAUGGUAUGAAUCUGGUGGUUUGAAGGGAGGAAGAAAAAGCAGGCAGGCAGGCAGGCAGAGAAGGAGGUUUGAAGGACACAAUGGGAAGAAGGAAGCCGUGCCAAGUCAAAGUAUUACAACAGAGCAGCAGCAGCAGCAGGAGAGAGUAGAUACCAUUGUGUGUGUGCAAAGUUGGAACUUUGGCAGGAUGAGAUGACCGCGUUAUGUUUCGUAUCAGCGAAAUAUAACCCCAGUGGUUUAAGGAACGAUGACGACGACGACCAACAAUAUAUGUACCAGCAUCCAACCCAAAUGUCAUGACCAUUAACCUUAUAUUAUUAUUCGGGAGCAACUUGUGUUCCAUAUUAAUCUUCAAUAGGUGCUUUCUCCAGUCUCUCGAGCCAUAUUAUUCUGAUAUUUUUGAUAUUGUACGAAAUGGAGGAAAGCCUUCAAUUUGUCACCCAGCCCAAGCCAUUCAUCUUGGGAGAGUAGCACAAAGUGUACCAGGAGCUCGGGACAUUUAUCUUUGAGAAAGAUGUUCUGUCUUCUUCCUAAAUUCGAUUGAAAGUGGUUUGAUUCAUUGGUUUCACAAAGGUGUGUUCCGCAUUCAGGGCGGCCAAUUUUGUGGAUACUUGUCCAUAUUUCUAUAAUGGUCGGGUUCACUUUCUUUCCUCUCUCGUUUAUAUUUCAUGACCAUAUCCACGCGUAUAUAUAAUGUACACACCAUCUUGUGCAAAUGCUAGACAGAUGGAUAUCCCAAUUUUGCUGGCGAUGCAGUAACAGACUGUAAAUUCUUAUAGGGCGCAGUUAUCAGUAUUUAUUAUACAUAGGCAGCAAAUGGAACAUGACCUCGCCACACUGUCAUCGUUACUUUUUAAUAGCAAUUUACAUUUGAUUGACGAAUUGCCACUGAAUAUUUUAAUUAAACUGGAGGAUUAUUAUUAUGCAUUAAUACCAAAUAGACUUGAUGAAAUUAUUCCCGAGCGCAUUCAUGCGUAUGUUUUCAUGUAUAUAUAGUACGUAGCAUAGGAGUCGUACAUGUCGGUAAAUUUGACGAUAAUUAACGAGCUUCUUCUGUGUCAUCCUCCGACACACAAAUUAGUGUGAAAUGUCAAGAACGGAAAUUAGUAAGGACGGAAAUCAGUUUAAUUUCAGAAUUUGCCACAUAUUUAGCACAUUCUAGUUGGCUAAUCCUAGGAUAUUAUAAAUAUGUACAUAAAUAUGUAUGUAUGCACGUAUAGGGUUACUCAACAAAAAUUGCUGCUAACAAUAUAGCUAUACAUAAGUGCUGCUUGUCUGCCUACGGUACUGAAAAUCCAGUUAUUCCGUCUAUUAAUACUUUAUAUUUACACACCAUAGUUAAUUUAAUUAAUUGUCCUUAGUUUUAUAUUCUGUAUGUACAAUUGCAAAAGUUGAUGUAAAAAUUUCUGUGGCUGUACAAUACAGUAAAUAGAAUACAGUACAUGUAAUCGGCGUAGAAGUUAAUUAAUAAAUAAGUCGGGCUUAAUGACAUUGAGUAAGCAUUUCCCAUUAAUAACCACUUGGUACAUGAGUGCUAGUCGAUGUUUAGUUCAAAUAGCGAAUCAGGCUAAAACCACAAAACCGUCGUCGAUUAGAUUCAUUGGCUUUCGUUCUAAAUUUAUUAGACAGAUAUUAGUAGCUCUAUACUGCGAGUUCCACUAAUCUUACUUGAUCAUUAUUUCUGGUUAAUUUUAGGCGACAGUGGUCGACACAUAUUUCACUACAUAGCUAAAUAUAUACUACUAAUAAAAACAUGUAUGUAAAAUACAUAUAAAUGUGCAAUGAUUUUGGUCUCUUAAUUUGUUGAGAGGUUGUAGAUAUGAUCCUGUACAUAUGUAUAAAUGUUAAGUAUAUAAUCGAUAAAAUAGUGCAACUACUUGAUAAUACGGAAUAAUUUUGUCGAAACACUUUUAUAAAUGUUUCUAAUAUGUGCACUCAUCUAUAAUUAACAUAUUUCUACGCUAGUAAUACGUAUUUAUACUGUUUAAUGUGACAAUGAAACAAUAUUAAUAAAGAUCACAUUAUGAUUUUAAAA